GUCAGUCUUCACAAGGAAAUGCAGAUGGAGUAAGACAAGCAAAAAAUGCUGUAGAACUAGCUUUGUACAUGGUGCAAACCAACAGUGAAAAUCCGGAUGGGCAAGUCAUCUCUAGGAUAAAAGAAACACUCUUUGACAUGUUGGAUGGCAACAACCCGUUUUCACAUAUCAGUCCUAGCAGUAAAACUGAAGAACCUGGCAGGAGUCGUGACUACAACAUUACCACUAAUUCACGAGCACAAGAAACAGCUCCACCAGUGCAGCACAAACAUGCCGAAAUAGACAGAGAGUGUGUAACUUCCUGUUUAGCCAAUGCCAAUGAGGUCUUGCCCAACAAAGAACAUAACACUGAACAUAAACAAUUGCUAAAGGAGGUACAUGUACAAAGUAUAAAUCACUUAACUGUGGGAUCAGAGCCUUCAAAUUAUGGCAUCAGAAAACUCGAUACAACACCACCAUCAUUGCAUAAACAAGAAACAACAACCUAUGUCAACCUCUCCGAGGUGCAUAGCACUCCUGCUUCAAAACAAAAUAAACCUACUGAAGAUGACAAAGGCACUUCAGGCUAUAGUAGAAAGUUAUUGCCCACAGAACUUAGGGAAGGUUCUUAUGCAUCAGUCGCAGAGAAUCUUCAAGAACAAAACCACGAGGAGAACAAAUACCAAAUGCGGGAAGAACAAAAUAUGUCUGCCCAUCAACUCCCUAAGCUUGAUCCAAUGGACUGCUGCCCAAUGCCAAACUCUCUUCAGGUGACAAAAUACAAUUUGCAAGUGCUAAACAAACAAAACGAAUUCCCAUUUAUAGUGGACAAUUUCACUAAUAUCCGUGCCGAUUGCUCCAUUGUAUUUGAAAGUACAUCUUCAGGCAGUCGAUCACCAAGAUCUUCAUACCUACUGAACCAGGGUCUUCAGGAAAACAAAGCAAGUCUACACUCAACUGAUUGGAGAAACUCAUACUGUUCAGAACAACAUUCCAGUAGCAUGCAAUAUGAAUGGAAUGAUCUCAGUAUUGUACGGAAUCUUCGUCAAAGCCAAUGGCCUCAGUUGUUCUGUCAAUCUCUUGAAACAACACACAACACAGCAGAAAGAAGAAGUCUUUUGUCACUAGCCAAUGAUCUCAACUACAUUCACUGCAAUGAAUGUCGACAAAGUGAUGACCAAUAUGCAGAAUUUGAACAAGCCAUUCAAUCAGCUGAAGAUUCAGCCCAAGAUAUACUUCAAAUGGCUCUAGCUAUUGAAGCGGUAGAACCAGAAUAGAGUAAAGGUUGUCACUUCUCAUUGAACAGUUAGUUGUUGUCGUGUCCUCAACCUGCCAACUUCACCUAGACUUUCUACAAUCUACUCAAUAUUUCGUGGUUGUGUUUGGAAAUCAUGCAUUACUGCACGCACACUUGUGCUAUACCAGACUUUAAUGAAUGUCUUUGUCUCUGCGCCCUAGGGCGUAAACUGAAAGUAAAUUCAGACUUGAAUGUUAGCUACACGUGGUAAACCCAAAUUUGAAAUUCAUCGCGUAUUCAAAACAGAAUAUCUAGCAACAUUUAACUUUAAUAAUUAAUUAAUCAACAAAUCCAAAUUUGUCAAACGAGUCAAAGACUUUCCUUGCUCGGUGGGCAUUUAGUAGACGUCUGCAGUCAACACUAACACAAUUCUUCACGGUUCUCGCCUAUUUGCACUCGCAUCAAGCAAACUCGGGUGUCCGAUAUUAGAGAACAAGACCCACCCCUCUUCUUGAGCUUCCUGAAGAGCAACGUGCAAAGCUGCCGAUCUGUUGUUAUCACUGCGAGUAGAAGAGACAUGUACCUAUUAUUUCAAGGUGCAGACAGUGAACUGUGGUACCGUCGAAAGCAAAAACCGGCGGCUGUCCGAUAUUUGAUGGGCGUGUCCGAUAUACGGGAAAAGCAGCGGAAGUUCUAUUUUGUCACCGUGAAUAGCAAUAUGCCAAGUGAUCAAGCUGAAUCUAGCACAUCGUGUUACCGUGUGACUAAUCUCUACAUUCAUGCCCUAGAUACAAGAAAUCUUCGUCUGGUUUCCAUAAGCCAGUGUCCGAUAUUGGGGAGUGUCUGAUAAUUGGUAUUAGACUCUACC